AUGUUCUAUUCACUGAUCGUUCUCAUCUAUUACUUGCACCACCUGUUGUUACUCGUAUCAGCUUCACCCUUAUUAUUUACACUUAAUGAUGUCCGAUAUUCGUUAUCUGAUCGCGUGUUAACCAUUCCGAAAUUAGGUUCGAUACGUGGCAUUCAUAUUGACUAUGAAAAUAACUAUUCUCUCAAAUAUAAUCUUAUUAAUACCGAAGCAUUUCUUGGGAUACAGUAUGGUUUGUACCAUGGACGAUUUGAACCUUCGAAAGAACGAUUUAAUAUACAUCCAAGUACAAAAGUCACCAAGCAGAUCGAAUUCGGUUCUGCAUGUCCACAAUAUCUCUGGAAAAACGCGAGCGAACUAAGUCGAAUACGGCCAAAAUAUUUCGCUGAAGAAUAUUAUCCAAAAUUACUCAAAUACAUCUCCCGACAAAACGAAGGUCAAUGUCUGUACAUGAAUAUAUAUCAACCACAAAUCAAAAACUUGAAAGAACGUCUUCCCGUGCUCUUGUUUGUUCAUGGCGAUGGGUAUGACAUGGGUACGGGUGCUGCCUUCGAUGGAGCUAUUUUGGCAAGUUAUACAAGAACAAUUGUCGUUACGAUCAACUAUCGUCUUGGGCCAUUCGGCUUUCUCUACGUGUCACGUGAACACAAAGGUGAUUACGCAUUACAAGAUAUUUAUACAGCGUUACAUUGGUUGAAGAAUUACGUGACUAAUUUUAACGGAGAUCCUGAUCGAAUUACUCUAUAUGGAACAGGAACCGGAGCUGUCUUAGCCAGUCUUGUUGUUAUGCUUGAAACUGUCAAUGGUGGUACAGGAACAGUCAAACGACGAAAAUCUCUUGUUCAUCGUUUAAUUUUAAAUGACCAAACCUUUCUCUCUCCGCACAUGACUUCGACAUUGCAGGAAAUCUCUUCGUAUCAAACGAAUCUUCUUUCGCAGCUAUCAUGUUCGACAACGCAGUGUCUUCGAAAUCAAACUUUAAUCACUACAAACGAUUUACUUCAAUUGAAUUCCUAUGGAGAUUUCAAUUAUAUUUGCCCGUUAGAGAAUCCAUUUCCAUUCUAUUAUUCACCCAUAGUCAACAAUGACUAUACAAAUCCUUUACGUUCGAGAUUCUUUCAACAAUCUCAAACGUUACUACCUGAAAAUCUUCGAAUUUUAUUAACCACAAGUCAGUCGACAUUACCAUUGAAGCUGGAGAAGAAAUCUUCAGAUAUAAACAAUACCAUCGAAUAUUUAUUGAAUUACGCUUAUACAAAAUGGAAUCGAACAACGAAACAAUUCGAUUUCGAUGAACAGUUAUUACAUUAUCAUCAGCAAAUUAUCGCUCCAUUACUUCAAUAUGCAAACUAUCUUUCCGAUCAAACCCGAAUCCAUGUUUUAGAGCAACAUUCAAGGAAAUAUCAUUCCGAACUGCCGCUAACAUUCGGAUACGUUCUUGCGCCAUCGAUGAGUGUCUAUAAUGAUACAUAUCUGACGGCAAAUGAAAAUGAUCGUAUAGAGAGUAUGCGUAUGAUGGAUCUAUUUGCUAAUUUGAUACAUAAUGGUGAUAUCAGUCGAAGAUCAGCAUAUGGAAGAGAAUUCAAAGAAGAACAACACGACGAAUGGCAUCCACUUUUUCCGGAUUUAAAUUUUCUUCUGUUGAAAGACGGAAAACUAGCUCAACAGUCUGGCUACUAUGCUCAGGUUCAUUAUCUUUUCAAUAAUCUAAUUCCAAAUAUUUCCAAACGUCCACCGCAUUUCGAUCUUAUCAACACCUGGAUUUCAUUGUAUAAAAUAUCGCAUCAACACAAUCUGUCUACGCAGCAUUCGCCAACCAUUCAAACUUCAUUUCUGUCUCGCUCUAUCUAUUCAGAAACCAAGCAUCCAAAGUUUGUCUUUGUUAUUACUUUCUGCGUGUUUCUUCUGCUGUUGAUCAACUUCAUUCUUUGUACUACUUUGACCAAACGUGGACGAUGUCUUCGAAAACGUGAAUAUAACUGUCUCAAUGGACAUGCACAAUUAAAUAUUGAAAAACCGCAGCAACAACUACAUGGUGGUUCAUCCCCAUCAAGUACAAAUAGUAACGGAACACUGAUUCAACAAUUAGUUGUUAAUACGAAUUGCACGACGACAACGAAUAGUAGUCUCAGUAGUACACCACCUGUGGAUAUUUUACAUCCAAUUAAUGUAAUGAAGAAGAAUGGUAUAUUACGCAGUUCAACGAAGUAUAAACCACCGAUGUUAUCCGAAGCGAUUGUAUAG